CCCUCCAUGCGGGUCCAGCGGGAUAAGGGAGACCGGUCUCCUCCUGAAGCCGACCAGCUGGAUUUCUUCCCAGGGACGCACCAGGACCCAGGACCAGGACCAGGACCCGGGACGGAGGCAGAGCCCGGACCACGUCGAGCCAGAGGCGGCAGAGGCCCAGAGGACACCGGGGUCCGGGGGAGGGGAGGGGGGGCCCGCACCAUGUCCUUGAGCCCCAAACACUCCACCCCCUUCUCGGUCACAGACAUCCUGAGCCCCAUGGAGGAGAGCUACCGCCGGUUCGGAGGCGUGGAGGGGGGCCUCGGGGCCCCGCUGGUCUCCCAGCCCGGUACGCACCUCCAUCACCACCCGCCUCAGCCCCAGCAGCCUCCUCCUCCUCCACCUCCUCACCUCCACCACCAUCACCACCACCACCACCAUCACCACCUGUCCUCCUCCACCUCCUCCUCCUCCUCAUCCUCAUCUUCUUCCUCAGCAGCAGCAGCGGUUCUGGGACCCGGGGGCCCCUACCACGGCCCCCACGGGGUCCCCCAGUUCUCCGGGGCCGUGGGCGGCUUCUGUAACAGCGGCAUCGGGACCAUCGGGGACCUGCCGUCCUACCAGGACCCGGUGCGGGGCGGAGGAGCGGCGGCGUGGUACGGCGGCCCGGAGCCCAGGUACCCGAGCAUCUCCAGGUUCAUGGGCCCGUCGGGCGGGAUGAACAUGGCCGGGAUGGGGUGCGGCCUGGCCGGGAUGGAGCCCGCGGCCAAGGCCGUGGUGACGCUGCAGGCGGCGCCGCGCAGGAAGCGCCGGGUCCUGUUCUCCCAGGCGCAGGUCUACGAGCUGGAGCGGCGCUUCAAGCAGCAGAAGUACCUGUCCGCCCCGGAGAGGGAGCACCUGGCCGGACUCAUCCACCUCAGCCCGAACCAGGUCAAGAUCUGGUUCCAGAACCACCGCUACAAGCUGAAGCGACAGGCCAAGGACAAGCCGCCGCAGCAGGAGCCGGGGCAGGAGGAGGAGGAGGCCGGGACGGGAGCGGGAGCGGGAGGAGCAGGAGGAGCAGCGGGAGGACUGUGCGCGACGAGCCGCCGCGCCUCCUCCGUGUCUCCGGUUCUCUCCAAGAACGGCAAAAACUGCCGGAGCGACUGCACCGGGAACCGACAGAGCAGCGCGGGGGAGGCGCUGACUGUGACCCCCCAGCACCAUCAGCACCAUCAGCACCAUCAGCACCAUCAGCACCAUCACCUGAGCCAGAUCUCCUCCGCGGAGGAGCUGGAGGACUUGUCUCCCAGUCCGCCCCCGGGGCUCCACGCUCACAUCAACAUGACGCAGACGGACGCGGCGCUGAUCGAGUACAGCAACAACAUGAUGGGCUCCAACCUGCUGUACGGCAGGACGUGGUAGGACGUGGGAGGACGUGGGAGGACCCCCCGGGGGAGGGAUGGAGGGGAACCGGCCCACGCACGGAUCCACGGAUGUUUAUUUUAGACUAACACCAGGAAUCUUUCCGCGCGUAAAGUUCUGGUUCCUGGACGCGCACACGGACUCAGACACGGAACUAAACUAAACCUGAGCCUCGAAGCGGGACUCAGUGACGACAACGAUGUUUUUUUGUUUUUUUUUGUUUGUAAAUGAUGUGGUCCACGCGUGGAGUUUCCACUUCCACGAACUCAAUGAAUUCGGCUUUAACGGACACGCGACACAUCCGGGUUCUUUUGUUCCAGCUGAUGCUUUUAAAUUUGUUUCCACGUGAUGAAUAAACGAGAUUUUCAUUUUGGACUUUUAUCUUUUUAUAAUCACAGGGUCACGUGUCUUUGAAAGGUUUGUUUGGCUCAACGUCAGAAAAAGAAAAUGGACAUAAAAUAAAAUAUUCAGUCAGAUUUUAAGAUGAAUAAUAAUAAAAAAAGAACUAAAAAGACGCUAAAUUCUGUUCUUUUAACUGAAACAUAAAUUAUCUAAAUAUCUGUGACGGGUUUAAUUUGUUUCCUUUUAUCAAUAAUGAAAAACACACAUUUACUUUUUAAAUGAACCAAAUAUUCACUUAAUUAAAUUAAAGAUGAACAAAUGUGUUGCUUUUUAAAUGUAAAUCAUUUUCUCUGAAUUUAAUUUAUUUGAACAAAUGAUUUGUUACAAUUAGAAACGUUAUUUUUAUUUAAUGAAUGAAUUAACGUUUAUGUUUGAUGGUGGAAACAUUGAAACUAAUAAUGUGAAACCAGUCG